AAAUGGGUUUGUUAGAUGACAUUUCGAAGCUAACAACGCCCGCAACAGAGCUGCCAGACUUGGAGGAUGAUAAUUUUGAAGACUCGCAGUCCGCGCUAAAAUCCCUAAAAUCCACCGGAAACCGCCAAAAAGCCGCUCAAAAUUUCAAUUUCGAGGAGGGAAAGUACGCGGGAAGUGCUGUUUCAAGAAAAGAGCUUUUCGGUGAUAUUUCUGAAAUUUCCGGCUUACAAGGGAACUUUGACAAGUCGGAGAGCGAGGAAGACGAGGACGAGGAGGAAAAAAUCGAUAAUUUCGAUGAAUCUGAGCCAGAAAUUGAAGAUGAGGAGGAAAAUGAGGAUUUAGAAGACGAGGAAGAUGAAAAUCCUGAAGAAAUUGAUACAAAUAUGGGAAUGACUACUCUUUCGCUGAAAGAUGAGGAGGAUAAAGCCGAUAAAGCCGCCAGUGUCCGAAAUCAGCGUCUCGUAUGGGAUGAUCUACUCUAUUCGAAUAUCCGGCUCCACGCGUUGCUCAACACAGCCAAUCAGCUGCCACGUGGAGAAGCUCGAAAAAAUCUGCUCAAAACCAGCGAAGAGCACACACAAAAAUCGAUGGAAUCGGCCAUGGAAAAUAUGGGAAAAUUACGGAAUUUAAUGAAAAACGCGAUGGAAUUGAUUGGUGAAGGGAAGGGAAAAGCCGCCGGAGAAGAUGAAGAAGAUGAUGAUGAUGUAGAGGAAAUUCCAAGUGAUGAGGAGAUUCUCAGUGAUUUUGAAGACGAUGAAGAAGAGCCGGCGGAAGAGCUCGAAAUUCCGGGAAAAUCACGGAAAAUUGGUGGAGGAUCUACCAGUGUGAAAAGCCUCGCAAAAAAUCUGCAAAAAAUCGAUGAAAAAAUGGAGAAAUUCCGAGCAACAACACUCACGAAAUGGUACAAUCGAACUAAGAUUCUCAACACGCCGAAAUCUAUGAAUAAUACGGAUUUUUCGGUUUUUGAAAAGGGCAGCAUUCUUGGACAGAUUAAUAAGGUUCUCGCCGACGAGGAGAAGCUGCUCAAAAAAGUGCGCACAAAUCGAAGCGGAAAACCGCGAAUCGGCGGCAAAUCCGACUCUCCGGAAUCCCUGGACCCCGAGACGUUCGACGAUUCGGAUUUCUAUCAAAUUCUGCUCAAACAAAUGCUCGAAGCACGAAACCAGAUGAGCAACAACUCUCAAGACGGAGCAGACAUGACGAGAAGCUAUAUGGAGUUACAGACAAUGUUCAGUAACAAGAAAAAACGAGAUGUCUCGCAACUUUCGUCAAAAGAUCGCCGCUUGAAGUACGAGCCAAUCGCCCGGCUCAUCAAUUUCUAUCCAUCGAAGCCGUCGGUCGUCACUUGGAGCCAUGAGAGCCGGAAUGAGCUCUUUAAGUCGUUGUUUUCCUGAUUUUUUUGGAGCAUUUUUUUUUUAAUUUUUAAAUUUUUGGUUUUUUUUUGUUACUUGUUAUAAGAUUUUUUUGAUUUGUUUAAUAGAAUAUCACAGAUUUGGAGCAAAAUUUCGAAAAUUUUGGUUUUUUUAAUAUUGAAAAUAUCGAAUUUUUAGUUUUUUUUUUGAAAAAUUGAAAAAUUUUAAUUUUUUGAAAAUCGAAAAAUUAAAAUUCUUGAUUUUUUGAUAUUUUCAAAAAAAAAACGAUGAAAAAUCGGAAAUUUUCAAUUUUUUAACAAAAAAGAAAUUUGACAACUUUUUGAAAAUUGGAAAAUUUCAAUUUUCCGAUUUUCAAAAAGUGCUCAAUUUUUUUCGAUUAAAAAAAUUGAAAAUUUCCGAAAUUUUUUUUUUGAAAUCUACAAAAAAUUAUAAUUUUUUGAAAAUCGGAAAAUAAAAUUUCUCGACAAU